AAAGUGACUGUCAUAAAGUGAUAGAUUUACAUUAAGUCAGCUGCUGUGCCUUAGAAAUGGAAUCUGUUGAUAUUUAUGAAAGAAUUGUGGAUGGUUGGGAGAGAACAGAGACAAAAACUAGUGUUCCAUACUAUAUCUGUCACAAAUUACAAAGAACAACAUGGGAUCAUCCAUACUUAUUGAAGACAAUGGACGAAUUGGGAGAUUACAGUCGUAUAAAGUAUGCUGCAUACAGAACAGCUUUCAAAAUCAGACAUUUACAGAAAAAAUUCAAAUUGGACCAAAUAUGUAUAGCAACAGUAAAGGAUACGUUUGAUCGUCAUGGUUAUCCAGAUGGAUAUGAUGAAAUGAUAAGUUGUACAGAACUUUUUGCUGUGUUGAAUGACCUUUACCUUUGUUUAGAUAAAGGAAUCUCCCUAACUAGGGAAGAAGCAGAAAUACUUGGAGAAUUGUUACAGAACUUCAUGAUGAACCUGUUUGAUGUGAACAGAACUGGUUGUAUAAAGGUUAUGUCUGUCAAGGUCAUGUUGAUUACAAUGUGUGCAGCCAGACUGGCAGAGAAAUACAAAGCUUAUUACAAUGAAAUCCAUGAUCCUAGUACAUUCAUUAGCAGUACCAACUUUGCCUUGUUCUUAGAAGACUUAAUACAGUUGCCAGAUAUUUUACAUGAAGCUGGAGCUUUUGGAAAGGAUGUAUCCCCUGCAGUUACCAACUGUAUACAGAUGAACAGCAGUGGUGUAGGAAUAUCAGAAGAUGUUUUCUUUCGAUGGCUGUUAAAGGAACCCCAAACACUUGUAUGGUUACCAACGUUUCAUAGAGUAGCUGCUUCGGAAUCAAUAAAACAUGAGGCCAAAUGUAACAUUUGUAAAAGUUGUCCUAUUGUUGGAUUCAGAUAUAAAUGUCUGAAGUGCUUCAACUUUGACAUGUGUCAGAAUUGUUUUUACACUGGAAGGACAAAGAAAACCCAUAAACUAAAACAUCCAAUACAAGAGUACUGUAUGGCUACAACAACAAAAGAAGACACAAAAGCAUUUUUGACAACAGUUCGUAAUAAUUUGAGUAAGAAAUACAGACAGAAGUCUAAACUAAAGUAUUUGCCUAUCAUGUCAGAAAACCAGUACUAUCCUCAUACAUGGAAUAACAGAAUUGAACCUCCUGUGCCGAAUAUUCACUCAGCCAUGACAAACAAUGCUCACAAACUCACUCAAGCAGAAAGACAUCCAAGUACAUAUGACUUGACACAAGAAGUUGGUACACCAAAUGAUGAAAAUAAGGAAAACAUGACUUUUACUGUUCAAGUUCACGCUGAAGAUAAAAAGAGAAGAAUUUCUGAUACCAAAACAGAAGAUUCAGAUUCAUUGAUACAACAACGAAAGGAAUUGGAAAAAUUUAUCAAACAGCUGGAGGAUGAAAACAGACAGUUGCAUCAGCAGUUGGCAGAAUUUAGAGAAUCUUCUGAUACAGAGAGUAACUUGUCAGGUGGUGAACCUAGAAAAAAGAAUCUUCCAUUAGCACCAUUAGAGAAUACUUAUUCAGUUGGAUUAAACAGUUAUGAGCCUGCUAAGCCAAGUCCAAUUAAGGCUGAAAUCACUCAUGGUUAUCUUCAACAUCGCAGUCAUACUCCACAAUAUAGUCCACUUUCGUCUCCCGAUGAUCCAGACAAAUUAUCGAGAUCCAAGAUAUCUGCCAUACAUCGAUACUCAGACAGCUUUGUGACAGAACCAUGUAGUGACAGCAGAAAUAGAAUGUCUUACGAUAGUUUAGAUUACAUAGAUGUUAGUCCGUCACAUUUUACACUACCAAGCUAUGCACACAGUAGAGCUUACAUUGACGAGGAAGCAGAGAUGGAUAACCUUGUUCACAAAAUGGAGCAAGUUUUCCCAAGUAACCUAUCUUACUCAGCUUACUCUACAACAGCCAAUGAUGAAAUGUUACAAGCAGCAUCUACAAUAGGAGCAGCAAUGUCAGACUAUGUUAGUGAAGCUAUUCAUACUUAUUACUAGCAGAGCUUCCAUUAAUGUGCAAGAUUUUUAUCCUUGGGCUAUCUAUAGAUAUUAAGCAUCAAAGGAUAACCAAUGUAUGAAAAGAAAUGUCAGAUUUUGUGACUGAAGCUAUUCAUAGUUGGUUAUACAUAUAUGCCAAGUUAAAGUUAUUUUUUUAAGUAUAGUUUCCAAAUGAAGCUUUUUCAGUGGUAUUGUAUGAAGAUAUCAUGAUUUUUCUUUCACUGUCAUUGAAGGUUUAAUGCCUUGUUUUUGUGUCGCUUGCAUAGUUGAGCAAAACACUUUUCGUCGACACUUCACACUUUUGUUAAUCUGUAACUAAACUCCAAGGAAAUCAAAC